AUGUGGCAAGUUGUGCUGAACGAUCCCCUGGCUUGGUCCCUGGUGCUUCUCCUGGUGCACAGCUGCGUGAAUGCGAAAGACGUGGGCUGCAAAGUCUCUACAUGGAUGCGGAAAUCUCGGAAGGCGCCGUCCAGGCGAGAGACAGUCCCUGACCCACGGGUGGCGCGUGUAAAUGCUGCUUUGGAGCACCUUAUGGAGAAGAACUUUGUCUAUGCGAGCGAGCUUCUACAACACAGCGUCUGCUUCGCAAUUUCCGUGUUACUUUAUGCAGAUGGAACACGAAUGAUUCGCAUUGGUGCAACUAUUGUCUACGUGGUGCAUGUUUCUGUUGCACACAGGUUUAUCAAGAUGUCUGCCGUCCACAUCAAGGCGUACCUUGUUGUCCUCUUUAUGAUAGGAGCUACCGAGACACUGGAAACCAGACACAUGGAUCCUUCGGAUGUCGCCAUCAUGCAGACCUUAAAUGCCGUCUUCCGCGUUGGCAUGGUGGUCAUGCAUAUGGACCCUCAAGUACAUGCUGUGGGUCAGAUGGUGAUGUCAGGAGGUGAUAUCCUGAUCAAGAUUCUGAUGCAUGGCUUCACCCCCGCCGUGGUGGCCUAUGUCUGGGUAGAAGUUUUUGUGGCAACGGGAACUGUUAUCCUGAGCAUCUCGCUGGAGUACUACAUGAGGGAGACCUUAGCCGCGCAGUUUCGGUCCCAGGACGCCGAAACUAUGGUCGCAGGUUUCCGCAGAAUGCUUCGUGGCAUUUGUGAUGGGGAGGUGCUGCUCGACGGCCAGCUUAGGAUCCAGGGCCCUUGCGGCUGCAUCAAUCAGAUUCUGUCAAGUCACGGGGACUCUGAGGGCAAGGUGUUUCCGGAUUUGUUGGUGGACUGUGAGGAAGAGCACGCCCGGUUCCGCGAUUUCAUUGCCACAUCCUGCAAGCUAUGUGCAUCACCGGACAUGCAAGGAAGCAUGCCGCCCUGCCUCCGUGCCUCUUUGCAAAGCGAACACAGCACACGGGUGGGUGUGGACCUUUUCCACGUCUCUCUUUCCAACCUCUUCGGCUCUGGAGACGACUACCACCUCCUCGCAUUGAGACAGGACACCGAACCUCGGGAAAUGCCCGAUGCAGGGGUGGGAGCCAUCCCACGGCAGCUGCUCCAGCGACUGGAGGAAAGGAGCAGGAUCGGCUCGCAAGCCGCUUCGAGCGACUCCGGUACUUCGGCUUGCAGCUUUCUACAAACACCGCAGCUCGCCGAGAUGAUGUUGCUCGUCAACGCCGCGAAGAAGCACCAGGAGGUUUGUCAGGUGCACCUGAAGUACAGCGAGAGCACACCGCAAGGGGGCAGCGCGCCAACUUUGAGAAGGUUCAUUCGGCCCACAGACUGGGACACAGUUCGCAGCCGAGUGAAGCAGUAUGGGAAGGAGGCCGCGGCAGAUCCGUCAUUGAAGGCCUCUUACUUCAGGAGGGGAUUGUGGUUUAGGAUGCUUGAAGACCCCAGGAAGUACAUGCGUGCGCAGACAGCCAAACUAUCUCUUCGCUCGCCACCGAAUGCUGCAAGUUCGGAUGGUCAGAGGGAGGAAGUCCGAGUUUGGCUCUACCUGACGGACUUCCGUACACCCGAGCAACGUGCAGCUUCCGUUGAGCUGGAGGGAAUCCGGGAGUUGCAGGACUGA